CAUCUACAUCCGUUUUCCCAUUUUCUACUUUCUGCUUUUGAAGUGUCCAUCUUUCUCGAACCAUCCCCAAUUCUCUCGCGCAGUUUCAGUGGCUUUCAUGGCGCUUGCUCACUGCUUGUUCGCUGUUCCCAUGGAGACCUCGAAGCACGCUAAAGCUUCUGUACUAUCUUCAUCGUCUUCUUCAAACGACUCUCUGUUAUCUCUGUCUUUCGCUUCUGCUUCGCCCGGGUCCAAAGCUAGCAAGCUUUCUGUAUUUCAUAAGCCAGCCAGAUUAAGAAAAAGCGAUCGCAAUCCUUAUCUUUCUGAAGGAACAAGACAGGCUGCUGCAACCACUGCUGCUUUAGCGAAGAAGUAUGGAGCUGAUAUCACAGUUGUCCUUAUCGACGAAAAGCAGAAAGAAUCAUUGCCAGAGCACGAAACCCUACUUUCUAGCAUCCGCUGGCAUCUCUCUGAAGGUGGAUUCCAGGAAUUCAGGUUGUUAGAGCGACUUGGGAAAGAAAACAAGCCCACUGCAAUCAUCGGUGAGGUGGCUGAUGAUCUAGAUUUGGAUUUAGUGGUGAUGAGCAUGGAAGCUAUCCAUUCCAAGCAUGUAGAUGCCAAUCUACUGGCUGAGUUCAUUCCUUGCCCCGUCUUACUUUUGCCAUUGUAAAAUUGUAGCUUUUAAACCAAGUAGUAAUUUAAUUUACUGUCUGGCAUAAAUGCCAGUUUUGUCCGCGUGGGUAUCUUCCUUUAUUUACUUAAAAACAGUUAUCCACCUCUCAACAACUGUGUGAAGAACAAGUACAAGGUUUCAAUAGUGGCAUGCUCGUGUGUGCAUCAGACGACUGACAUGAAGCUUGGGAACUUGAAGGACACCUUUUAGAAAACUAGCCAUUCACGUGUUCCUCCAUUUGUUUCCCUGUUGAGUCAAUUUUAUUUUCCUCAUCACCUCCCUUCGGUUGGGAUUUGCAUUCAGGGUAGGACUUAUUUAAAGUGAAAUAAAAUGGUUCUCUUGUUGUGAAAA